GCCUACAUGUAACUAGGACAUGCAUUACUGGGUCAACUGUUGACGUCUGUACACUAAUAGUGCGGGUGGCGUUUCUUUACAAAAGUUGUGCACAAUUGGGCCCAUCUAGACAGCCGAAAUUAACCGAUUAUAAUUUUUUAAAGGAAAUCCAGUAGUCAUCACAGAUGGAAGCACAUUGACUAGAUGAUGCCGGAGUUAACCUUCCCCAAAUUCGUUGCUGCUUUUCUGACAGCAGUAUAUUUUUACUAUCCUGAGAGUACAAAACCUUCCUUAAUUAGCGAUACCCCGCAGUAUGCUCUGAAGACGAGAUACGAUUUUGUCAUCGUAGGAGGAGGAUCAGCAGGUUGCGUGCUGGCUCACAGACUAACAGAAAAUCCUAAUUGGAAUGUACUCUUAAUCGAAGCAGGUGGGGAUGGCAACGCCCUCACGGAUGCUCCCCGCUUCCACUCACUAAUCCGUAACACACAAUUCGAUUGGAAUUAUACUACAGUAAAACAAGAGAAAGCUUGUUUAAAGAAUAAUGGAAUAUGUCCAUAUCCAAGAGGAAAGGUAUUGGGAGGUUGCAGCUCUACUAAUGCUAUGCUCUAUGUCAGAGGAAACAAAGCGGACUAUGAUGACUGGGCCACGAAGGGGAACUACGGUUGGAGUUACAAAGAUGUACUACCAUACUUCAUUAAGGCUGAAAACAAUACGGAACCAUCGCUAGCAGAUUCAACUUUCCAUGGUGUUGCAGGUCCCUUAAAUGUUCAGUUUCCUAGAUUCGUUACCGAUCUAAGAGAAAUGUUUAUCAAUGCGGCUGAAGAAUACGGCUGGCAAAGAGGUGAUUACAAUGGAGAACGGCAGGAUGUUGUAGGUUAUGUUCAAAGCACUAUCGACGGCCCUUCAAGAGAAGAUACUGCCAAAGCUUAUUUGAACCCCAUAAAGAACAGAAAAAACCUCUUUGUAAUUAAAAACACUCUAGUAACAAAGAUCCUCAUUGAAAACAAAGUGGCCAAAGGAGUACAUUACUACAGAGAUGGUAAGUCUUAUAGAGUAUUUGCAAAAAAGGAAGUCAUUUUAUCAGCUGGCGCGAUCAAUACUCCUAAACUUCUCAUGCUGUCAGGGAUUGGGCCUAAGGAUGAAUUAGAAAGGCAUAGCAUUAAAGUGAUUGAAGAUCUGUCAGUUGGUAAAAACUUGCAAGAUCAUCUUCAACUCCAGAUGUUUUUCGAAAUUGACGGAAACGGUCUUAACGAUUGGAAGACCGAAAAAAAUAUUAAUCUAUACGCCAAGGAACGAACUGGACCUUUGACUACACCCGCUACUGAAGCUAUGGUCUUUUUAAACACUGAAAAUAACACAUCCCAACAACCGGAUUUACAGUUUACCUGGAUCAGUGGAGUACUACCCAAUACGCUCUAUGACCAAAACAGAAAUAUCAUUACUGUAAUUUUAGUCAAUGUGAAACCUAAGAGUGUCGGUCGGGUGAGAUUAGGAAGUGCCAAUUCUGAAGAUAUGCCACUCGUUGACCCUAAUUAUUUUUCUGAAGGAGGUGAUUUUUCAGUGUACCGAAAAGGAAUCGAUCACCUGUUAGAAUAUAUGAAGACACCAACAAUGUCAAAACUUUCUCCUAAAUUGUGUACCGAUCUUUAUCCUAAAUGCAAAGGCAUGGAUCAGAAUAAUUUUAUCAAAUGCAUAAUUAAUUUCUAUUCUGAGACGAUUUAUCACCCCGUUGGAACUGCUAAAAUGGGGGGCGAGGAAGACCCGGGAGCGGUCGUAAAUGCUGAUCUCCAAGUUCAUGGCGUAAGGAACUUAAGGGUAAUAGAUGCUUCCAUAAUGCCGAGCAUACCGGGUGGAAACACCAAUGCGCCGACGAUUAUGAUCGCCGAAAAAGGAUCUGAUAUCAUAAAACGAUUUUAUAAACUCCAAAAAUUUUAACAUUACAGAAUUUGACUAAUCACACUGUAACUAAUGCAGUUGAACUUUUACAUACAUGGGUGUUUCCUCUGUAAUGGACAUACAGUUCUGAAAUUUCGCAACAAUUACCUUUCAGGUAUUUUUCCAAAAAUAUUCACGGUAGUUCCUUUUAAUAUUGAAUAGUAAUUUAAUCAUCACGAAUUUUAUUUCUGAUCUUUUUUUUUCCAAUAUUGGUUGGCCUUCGCGUUGAAGAGGUGAGGAAAUGAAGAACGAGAAAACAAAAUAGAUGCAAAAAAAAAAUCAUAAUUUUUGUUAUAAACAAUUAUUCUACUAAUCAUAGAAUUCCUCCUUUCUAGGAAUGAUCCGUAUAAUUUACCAUAUAUUUAUUGGAUUUUGAAAUUUUAUUAGAAAGGUUUUCCUUUCAUAUCAAAUUUAUUUGUCAAAUACCACCUAAUUAAAUAUAAUAUAAUGGAAGAAGAAAUGUAACAGGCUCGGCCACUACACCGAGCCUGUUAAGAUGUUGCCGGUUCGAAGCCGACCUGGUUGUGUUGAAAUUGCUUUCGUGACGGGCCUAAGGUUGAAUCUCGAAGUUCUGGUUAGAAUAAGUUUGGUUGUAUCUCUAAAACAAUUUUCCUGUCCACCUCCAUUUUUUUAGAAUUGUGGUAUGGAGUAUUGACGAAAAAAUAAAUAAAUAAAAGAAGCAAUAUGUUAAAUUAUAAAUAAAAAUCAAUGUGAUUUACAUAAUCUCUCGUCCCGGCAACGAUACGAAGUGUAAAUGAUCCUUUAUUACUACGGUAAGGCAGCGAUCCCUAGAAAGGUACCGAUGAAGCUUGCCGAAUUUUAAAAAGUUAUUUAUUCUUCAUAAGUCAGAAUUUGGUAAUGAUCAUGUAAACACUAAACAAAUUGUAAAUAUUACAAAUAAAUUUAGAU